AUGCUACAGUUGAGGAAAGUGGUGACGAUCCUCGGGUUGAUCACCGUUGCCUAUGCUUACUUAGCGGUUCCCGUGUUGUAUGCAUCCCACAAAUUGGUCCCUGGGCUCUGGGAUGAAAUCGGGCGAGAUUGGUCGAGCGCUUACAGUGGCCAGGAUGUCACUAACAUGGUCAGGAAAGCCAUCACCCCGUGUCUGCUGGACGAGUAUUUGAUUGUCAACAUGCCCGGCCUCACUCAAGAGGACAUGAACGAUCGAUCGGAGUGGCCCUUCCUCGAACGUUACCUUCAUAUGGCCCUGACAGUGGUGGGCGCCCCUUGGGUGAGAGACCCGCUCGAUAUUGAAUACCUUGAGCUGUACAUCAUUCAACAAUGCGAGGCGGAGACGAUUGUCGUGUCCAAUAUGAGAGAUGAAGAAGUACCCCAGUAUCUCGAUACAAGAACCCGUGUGAUUCGGGUAGAGUAUGAGGAAUUGGACGCUGAAGAUUUGGACCACCGCCAUGAACAACUCCGAGACGCCGACGAACUUAUCAGAAAGAUCUUGAGAAAGCUUCCGUCUCCUCAUUACUCGAUUAUCGUUACCUCGGAUACUCCUGUCAACGUGCACCCUAUUCCCGCCCACAUUACUGAAGAGAACCCGGACAUCUACGGUAUCUUCAAUAAAAUCAUCAAUGAUCCCAAACGUGAGGAAGAGGUCGAACGGAAUGAUCGUUUCCAUAAGGCUGAGCCUGAUUGGAUUGAAUCGAAACACUCGAACGAGCGUUAUUUACGCAAUCGCCGCGACGAUGAAGUACACUUCUUUGAUUACGAUCUAUGGACUAAAAACGACAAAGUGGUCAUGACUAUAUUCCUUAUGGUUUCGACGUUGGGGCUUAUGAAAUUGCGCUCGAUGUUCAACCAUUUGAUCUAUAGACAAAAGGGAGUUGACUUGACUCGUCCUUCCAAGACGAGAAAAAAGGAAUGA